AUGGCCCAAACAUUCGUCAUGCGAGGCGUCGAAGGCAAGGUGAAGAAGACACCGGCCGAGAUCCCCGAGCUCAAGGCCAACGAGGUGCUCGUCAAGAUCACGCACAGCGGCCUCUGCGGGACGGACCUGUUCUACAUCAACCCGGGCUGCGCGCUGGGCCACGAAGGUGUCGGGACCGUCGAGAAAGUCGGCAGUGCCGUGACAGCGCACAAGAUCGGUGAUCGAGUGGGCGGCGGAUAUCUGAGGAGUAGCUGUGGCCAGUGCAAAUACUGCCUCACGGGGCGCGACAUCAUGUGCUACAACCGCGACAUCUACGGCGCCGCGGGCUUCAGCAACGGCACUUUCGCGACCUACUACAUCGCCAAGGAAGGCUACGUGUAUGCCAUCCCGGCCUCGAUUCCUUCGGAGCACGCGGCGCCCUUGCAGUGCGCGGGGGCCACCGUCUACUCGGCCCUCAAGACCUACUACAGCACGGGCAUGCGCGUCGGCGUGCUGGGCAUCGGCGGCCUGGGCCACCUGGCGAUCCAGUUCGCGGCCAAGAUGGGCGCCGCGACCACCGUCUUUUCCACCAGCCCGGACAAGGAGAAGGAGGCGCGCGGGUUUGGCGCCUCCGAGUUUGUCGUCUUGGGCCAUGAGGACAAGUUGAGCGCGCCCGUGGACGUGCUGCUGAUUACCGCGCACAAGGCGCCGGAUUGGUCUACGUUCAUGAGCGAAAAGGUCGUCGCGAGAGGCGCUCCGAUCGUGGUCCUGGGCGCAAUCGGCAUGAGCCUGGAGUUACCAUUCAUCCCCUACUUCUUCAACUGCUACAACCUGGUGACCAACCUGGUCGCGUCGCGGGCCACGCACGCCGAGAUGCUCGCCUUCGCCGCCAACCACGGCAUCGCGCCGCUGAUCGAGGAGUUUCCCAUGGACGAGGCGGGGGCCGCCGACGCGAUCGCGAAGUUGCAGCAGGGUAAGGUCCGGUAUAGGGCUGUCUUGAAGGCCUGA